AGAGCACGAAAAGGAAUGGCCUUGUGUAAGAGCGAGGCCCCGGUUGCAGAUGCGUGUAUCAAUAUAAACGGGAUCGGUGCGCACGGGAUUCCAGUUGUGUCCGAAUGCACGACGAUGAACCUCCCAGUGAUUACAGCGCUGGUCGCGGUCGCGGCGGCCAUCGAGCUCUCGCCGGUUGACGACGCGCGAAUUAAGUUCUACGCUCUUGAACAAGACCUAUGGAGAAAUGUCACCAACAUUCGUUGGGUCAAUGGGGUAGGAAAGCUUGGAGACUUCAAGCUUGCAAGGGCCUUUUUAUCGUGGGCCGACCACAUAAAGUCUAUAUCAACAUUAUCUAGCUUCCAACAGAAGUCGUGGUUAUGGAAUAAGGCGUGGGAACAUAUGCAUCAGAUCAACAAUGAAUACGAGAUGUUUGAGAAGAAAAUGCAAAUAUUAUUUUCGAACGUGAUAAAGCAAUCCCAUGAGAGGGUGUUCAUAAACUACGAUUUAACGAAUGCGACGAGGCAGCUCGACGAGCUUCUCGAGCACGGUGACAAACUGUUGUAUGAUUUAGCUGUAGAGAAUGAGAAUGAGGAUUGCGAGAGGUCCGUGUUCCGCGCCAAGUUGAUUUACGACAUAUAUAGCACGGUGGCGCUCACCGAGCUCAAGGGUUACGCUGUCACGCAGGUUUCUUGGAUGCUGUUCAGAAUGGAAGGCAGAGGUAAUUUCUCGCAAGAGAUCACUGAGUCGCGGAAGAGGUACUCCCUCCGAGCCGCCCGCGCCGCUACAGAGGCUAAUAGAGCUAUCUCAGCAUCACGAAAAGAAAUCCAGAUGUGCGACCCCUCCAAGCAUAUUGAAGGAACUACGUACGAGCAAGUAACUCGCCUGCUGCAGGGCUACGUGGAGAACGAAGUGGACAUGAACGAGAGCGGCACUUGCAGCGACAACUGCCCCGGGUACACGAGCGCCUAUCGCUACGGCUGUUACAUGGACCAGUUCUGCGCCCAACAAAAGAGUUGCUACGGAACUAUUAGAGAUUGUCGCUUUGUCGAAUCGCAUAUGACUGUUUGUACUUCGAGCCGGAGCAGUAACCGCCUUUACGAAUGGAUCCAAUAUGACGGCGGACGUAGACUCGGCGAGGCCGGCAGCUGCUCAAAGGAUACAAAUCGGGUGUAUUCGUGGUACCGAGGUUUCUACCACUGCUCCUACUGCCUGUGCUUAUGCGACGACGACACCUACUCUCACCGAUACUUCAGCCUGCGCGCGGCCACUUCAGAUGUCCACACCAACAAGGUUGUGACGGGUAUCCGUCUAGUGAAGCAUGAUCGAGUGUUCCACUUGCAAGUGUACGAAGGAAACCUACUCGCGCGGGGGGUGGUGGAGCCGGUCGGCUGGGUGCCGGUAGACAAGUUCGACCCCUCGGACUUUGGUGUAUAUAAAGGGCAGGACUACCACAAGUUGACUUUCGAAAGCCGCACCAUCGACCUCAACAAAAUGAACGCAGGAGAAAGCCGCCUACUCACCGGUAUUCGGUUCCGCGUGAUUAUCAACCACUUGCACUUCGAAAUCCACACCACACCAUUCAACUAUACUACGGGACUACUUUUACCGAACAUGAGUCGUUGGGAGCCGUCGUGGAGAUCGAGCCAUAAUUUGGCCUUGCAUGCUCCCGAUAUUCCAACGCGCAGUCCCUCCAAGCUGCACGUGGAUUCGAACGACGACCAGUACGUGGAGUUCACGCACUCCGACUUCGACGCGGACGCCGCGCAGAGCACCGUGCCCUUCAUAGACGUCCAGCCGGUGCUGCCUAGCAAGGGCGCGGGCCUGGCGACGGGCGCGGGCGUGCUGCACCGCGGCGCGGCGGGCUCGGGCGGGCUGCUGGCGCUGCGCCUGCUCAUGUACGAGUACGCGCGCCACGUCCGCGCCGACCCGCCCAGCGAGCCCUUCCAAGAGCACGAGGACAUCGACCAAGUCGACACAGGCGACUACGUAGACCCAUUGGAUGACAUUUUUAUGCUUGUGGACUAAUCAUAAUGAAUUCUUAUUUGUUAGGUCAUUAAUAGGGUACCGGACUCAUUUUUGUUCUUUACUAUUAUCAAAUAUUUACGUUAUAUAAAUUAUAACACACAAGGAAUUAUUAAAAUCCGGUAAAAAAUCAAUAAGUUAUAAGUCUUUGAAUGGCGGUGGAAGGGGUAAUUAACAAGAAACAGAAAAGAGACGAAAUACCCACUUUUGACGUCAUCGGGAAAUUACGACGCGUGCGAAAGAAAGAGAUUACAUAUAGAAUAAUGAACAAAAUCAAACAUAGGCCGGUUCCCUAUUGUAAACAGAAUAUCACUGUCGUGUAUAAUUUUUACUAUUGCAACCGUACAAACGAGGAAAUUAAUCGUCAAACUUUUGUUACGUAAUUGGCUAUCAUUGUUCACCCCGAGUUAGACACUCAAGAAACAAUAAUAAUUAUAUCGCUGUUAAGCAAUGUUAAUAAAUAUUAAUUGUAUUCGUCGAUUUUUUUUUUUAAGAUUCGCUACUGCUUAAACUUAAAAAAUACAAUGAAAUAUUCGAUAUGAACACGAGAUAUCAAUCGUUUGAGCGGCCCUAUCAUAUAAGCUUACUUAUAAUUCUAUAAUAUAUUACCAUCGAUAUUUAGAUACUUUUAAUUUUCAUAGUUUAGACAAGUUGUCGACCUCAACAACGAAUUAGUAAUUUUAUUAAAAACUGUAAGACAGUCAAUGCGUAAAAAAAAAACAGAUUUAAUACUAAGUAUGCUUUUUAGUUUUCUAAUUACCCUUAUUGUUUAAAUUAGUUAUUAAAAUACAAUAAAAUAUGCUUUCUAUACAAA